AUGAAGCCUCAUACCGUUUCGCUUGUACUCUCAAACCUGGCAUCACUGGCAGCAGCGACAUGCAAAUGUACGCCAGGUCACGCCUGCUGGCCCUCAUUGGAGGAGUGGUCACGCUUCAACAGCUCCAUUGGUGGCCAACUUAUCCAAUCCUCGCCUGUCGCUGAGGCCUGCUACAGCGGUCCCAAAGAUAAUGCCGCUUGCCAGAAUAUCGAGAAGAGUUGGACCGACGACGUAUUCCAGGUCUCUCAACCCAUUGGGUAUGCUUGGCCGCUGAAUCUUUCGUGCCCUCUACCUACACCUGGACUGGAUACAAAGUGUUCAAUUGGCAAUUCUCCUGUUUACGUAGUCAACGUUACUUGUGAGGAGGACAUUACUCGUGGCAUCAAAUUUGCUCAGGAAAAGAACUUGAGGCUCGUCGUCAAGUCAACUGGACACGACUCUCAGCAACGUUCAACUGGUUAUGGAAGCCUUUCCAUCUGGCUUCAUAACUUCCGCAAGGGAUUCCGCUUUCAAGGGCACAACCCUGUGCUGGCGACAUGUCCAAAAUCGGGAUGGAAGGGCAGCACUCUUACUAUUAAUGGUGGCUACUCGUGGAGAGACAUCUAUCCCGCGGCGCAGAAACAAGGACUUAUAGUUAUUGGUGGCCUUGACAGAGGUCCGUGUAGUACAGGUGGUUGGACUCAAGGCGGUGGCCACAGCCCAGGUACUCACUAUUUCGGAAUAGGAGCGGACCAGGUACUAUCUGCACGUGUGGUUCUGGCUUCAGGGAAAAUUGUCGUGGCUAGCCCCUGCGAGAACGAGGACUUGUUCUUUGCUAUUCGUGGUGGCGGCGGCGGAACGUUUGGCGUCGUGACUGAGAUCACUGUCAAAACAUACCCUACCAAGGCGCUCAGCACUAUUAACUUGAUCGUUGGGUCGAAAGGAGAUGAAACCGUUCCCAAGUUCCUCGAUGCUGUAGCCACUAUAUACUCUCUACUGCCUGGGCUCUCCAAGAAGGGUUUCGCAGGCUACGGAAAUUGGGUUGUCCGCGCGCUAAGCCCGAUUACGGCUAAGAACUACACGAAUCUGUAUGGGCAGUCUUGGACGCUCUUGGGAGCUACUCAGCAGGAAGCAGAGAACCUCUUCCAGCCCUUCAAAGAAGAAAUUGUGAAGCACCAGUCUGAGAACGGUCUGGAAGUCACUGUCUCUUCCGGCACUUUCCGAGAUUACUUCUCCUACUACUACUCUAUGGGUAACGGAACGGAUAGCGCAGUUGGGGGCGUGUCUGCUCUUGCUUCUCGACUUCUCGACACAGAAGCUCUACAGGGAAACCGUAAGGACUUGCGAAAGUUUCUGGACUCAAUCACACAAGGGUCUGCAGUGUAUCACACGCUUAUCCAUCAUGGACUCGAGGCAGCAGCAGACGUCAAAGCAGACCCAACAUCUGCCGUUCUUCCAGGAUGGUAUAAGUCUAUUCUGUUGGAUGAAUUCGAGAUCCCGAUGAACACCACCGAUGUUGACGCCUACGCCGGGUCUUUCGAGUAUCUGAGGAACGAGCUUGUGCCGCUAUACGAAAGUCUUUCACCUGACACCGGCACCUACAUGAAUGAGGCGGACUGGGGUAAUAUGAACUGGAAGAAAGACUUUUUCGGGUCCCACUGGGACAGAUUGCUCAAGGUGAAGACCAGGUAUGACCCGGAGGGAUUUUUCUAUUGCCCGAAAUGCGUAGGUAGCGAUGAUUGGGUUGAGAACAAGGGAGGAUCUCUCUGCCGAGCUUAA